UAUGUGUCCUUUUUCCUUUUCAGAGAGAGACCAAAGGCCAGUUUCUCAUAGAUCAUGUUUGCAAUCAUUACAGUUUGCUGGAGAAAGACUACUUUGGCAUUCGCUAUGUGGAUCCUGAAAAACAGCGGCACUGGCUGGAGCCCAACAAGGCUAUCUCCAAGCAAAUGAAAUCUCAUCCACCAUAUACCAUGUGCUUUAGAGUGAAAUUCUACCCACAUGAACCACUGAAGAUUAAAGAAGAGCUCACCAGGUACCUUUUAUACCUACAAAUCAAAAGAGACAUUUUCCAUGGCCGCUUGCUGUGUUCAUUUUCUGACGCUGCCUUCCUGGGCGCAUGCAUUGUCCAAGCUGAGUUCGGUGACUAUGAUCCCGAUGAACACUUGGACAAUUAUGUCAGUGAGUUCAAGAUUUUCCCCAAACAAUCCCAAAAGCUGGAGAGAAAAAUACUUGAUAUACAUAAAAACGAAUUCAGGUAAUUUUGAAAGCUGAUUAAAGGAUGUAUUAAAAGAGGAUUAUUUAACUAUUAUUUGUUAGUUCUUUCUGCAGGUUGUAACCUACACAGGUAGAAAAUAAAAAUCUGUAUUUUAAAGGGGUCAGUAGAUGACAAUGCAGUAUAAAAUUUUCCAAGUCAUCAGAUCUGCUCAAUAUGUUAUGAUCUAAAACUGAACCGAAACCAUGGUAAGGCCACAAUUAAGCUCAUUGAUUUCAGUGAGCUAAUACAGAUGCAACUCCAUAUUUGAUUGGUUUAAAAACACUU